AAACACAUUUUGAAAUUAGUUUGUUAACAAAAGAUUUUGACCAACUUAAAGCUCUUUACCAACCCAAAAAAGAUUAUGAAAUCAAAAUGAAAAAAAUACUAGAAACAAAUGAACUUUUUUCUGAAAGCACAUAUCAUAUAGAAAAUGAAGAAAAAUUACAAUAUCCUGAUAAUCAAGUUCUUACUCCAUUACAAAUAAAAAAAUUUAAACUAAUAUUUUCUCAAAAUACUAUUGAGGAGAAGAAUGAUAAAAGAGAAAUUAAUAAAAAAUUAAUGGUUAUUUUAGAUUAG